AUGGUCCAACUUUUCCGAGGUGUCGACUAUGUGUUCUGCUACAUCCUGAUAAUUUCAAACUCAGUGGAAAAGCAUAAGCAACACGUGAACAAUGUCCUACGUAUCCUGAAAGCAAACGGCCUCAGGAUUAACCACAAAAAAUGCAAUUUUCAAAAAACGGCGGUGCUGUUUUCAAGCUACACAGUUAAUGGCAACGGUGUUAAACCUCCAGAGGAUCGCGUCAAGGCGAUCGCAGAGUACGAUCUGAGCCUGACGUAUGAUGCCUCCGACACAGCCAUCGGUGCGGUACUGGAGCAUUACAACAGAGGUACACUAGAGCCCCUAGGUUUCUUUUCGAAAAAGCUUAGUGAAACGUAA